UAGUACUAAAACUAGGUCAACUGAGAAGUUUAAUAAUUUUUAACUUUGUGGCGACGUAAUACGUUUAAUAUAUUUCAAGUCUCUAGAAUAUUAGACAAUUUCCUUUUAAAAGAGCAUUAUAGAUGUAAAGUUUUAAGAUUUAAAAGUCUAAAAUUGUUUGGUUUAAAUAUAUUAAAAGGUUUUCAUAGAGCCGAUUUCUUAACUUUUUGGCGACGACAUAAAGUGCUUGGACAAACUUCUUGACAAACGUGUUCAUCAUGGCUCGCAAUAGUCCUUCUCCGAUGUAUAAAUUGAAGCCUUAUUACGCCCCAAAUGACACCCUUCCAGUGUCUCAAUGCAUGUACAAGUUACCUAGUUAUUAUAAAACUGAAAAAGAAGCAGACACAAGUGGAAAAGAGAUGAACAUGGGGGAUCCACUUGUUUCCUUAGAGGAGCGCCAGGAGGCCAUUCUUCAGAGACUCGACAACUUAAAAGCUGAAGUGGAGAAACUCACUCAGCAGAAAUCAGCAGUAUCCUCAAGCAGUAGCUCUGUUACAGGAACCACAACAAGCUUACCUAACAAUUUGGGAGAUGGUUUAUUGGAUGUUGUCAUCAGUGCCAGUCCUGAAAAUCCUCCCCUUUCCCUCUUUGUUCUCCAUCAGUUCCUCUCCAAGCAAUACAGCGUCAUCGCUAAGUCACACAUACACUCUUCAGUAAAGGGAGUGCCUGAAAAUCUAUGCACAAUUUUUCACAAUGGAGGAAGUGGAGCUAGAAUGGAUCAUCAGAUAGGGUUGACUUUGAUGUGGAAAAAUGUUCCACUGGGACCGACAAUGAUGGUCUCUGCCAACACACAAUCCCCAGUACACGGAGAAGCUAAUAUAGCACGUUACAUGGCCCGUCUUCUAAACCAGCUAUAUGAGAAUCUAGACAUUACCAUGGUGACAGAAAUAGACAACUGGAUAGAACAAUCCAAUAAACAACUAAUAAAUGGAAGUUCUAAAGAAAAGGCUGCCAUGAUGAGGUCAUUGAACUCUCACUUGGGUAGAUCUGAUUGGUUGGUUGGGUCUGAUGUUUCAUUGGCUGAUAUCUGUGUAUGGGCUGCAUUACAACAGACAAAGCAGGGAGAUUCCGCCCCAUCUAAUGUUAAAAAAUGGUUGAAAGUAUGCAAUGAUAGGAAUGAAUUUAAGACUGUGCUAUCACAUUUGUAAGGAGCCGUUAUUAUUGUCAAUCAGGAUAAAUGUAUGUUUUGAUAUUUGAAAGUAGUUACAUUCGUCAAAUUCAUUGAAUCAUGACUUGUUGAGAAAAGUGCCUUGUAUUCGCUGUGUAAGGAAAACUCUUCCAUCUUCUUAGGAUUAAGAUUCAUUGAUACUGUAGAGCACUUUCUAUAUGAGUUGAUGGAUGUAUGAAAAAUGUUUGAUUUGGCUUGAUAGCAUAGCAAGACAUACUACACAACAGUCAUAGUUUUCAACAUACAGUUAAACUUGGUCUUGGGAAUUAUAUUAUAAUAAAAUCCUCUUUUCAGCCUAGCCUGAUUCAUACUAAAAUGUAACAAACUAAUAUUUACACAGAUGUUUAUUCUUCACAAGGAUCUGAAGUCAUGACAUAUCUUAGAUGUGAUCAAAUUCAGUCCUGGUCUGUAGUACUAAAAGUUAUGCUGAACAUAAAAGCAUGCCUCAUUCAAAAUGGCAGGCUUUUUGGUCAUAACUCCAAAAUUUCAGCAAUUACCCAGAUGCGAGUAGGUAGUUACCAUUUUCACCACCAGGUGGCUGAUUUGGGGUAAAUAACAUGGCAGGGUAUUCGAAAAUUCCCUUAAACUUGAACUUUUAUCAGUUUUAUUAGUGAUUCUAGUAAUAAAAUAUGUACAGUAAUAGAAAAUAUUAUCUGUCCUAUAUAAGGAAAGAUAUU